CUGGUUCGGUGUCCGGAAGUUUCUCCUGCGUUUGAGUAGUCCGGGAAACCCGCCAUAGACUAGCUCUUCUUUUAAACAGGUUGGCUGAGUAAACAGGGCUGAAUAAUUAACCCACCCAGACGACGAGCCGGCUGACCUCGCGUAGAUCCGGUGAAGAUUGACCCCAAAUCCGACAUGACCCAACAAGCUGCAGCUCUGCAGACCUACAACAACGAGCUGGUCAAAUGUAUCGAGGAGCUUUGCUCGAAGCGGGAUGAGCUGAACCGUCAGAUCAAGCAGGAGGAAGAGGAGAAGGAGCGUCUGCAGCACGACAUCCGCGUCCUCUCAGAGAAGCUGAGCCGAGUCAACGAGAGCCUGACGCAAAGACUCGCCGCCCGCGCCACCUUCGACCGCACCAUCGCCGAGACGGAGGCUGCAUACACCAAGAUCUUGGAGAGCUCCCAGUCUCUGCUGAGCGUCCUGAAGCAGGAGGCAGGAAACCUGAGUAAAGCCACAGAGCCUCGGAGGACGGAGCACUGAAGGCGAUGAACCUAUCCACACCUGAGUGUGGCUUCUGAUGCAGUUUACUCCCCUCUUUGGACUAUUUGUAAUAUAUUUGAAUGUUUUGUUCCUGGAUUCAAUAAAUGCAUUUCUUAAUUCUUA